GGGACAAUAAUCCCAUUGAACCGGUGAACGUUAGAGGGCGGGACAUCCUAACGCUUGGUCUUGUCGAUGGUAUCUCAGAUGUGCUCCCAGUCGAUGGGGUAAUCGGGGCGUUGCACAUGUGGAUCCAGAUGGCUUUCUGGCAACUCACGGAGCACACAUGAUUGUGAAUAUUGGUCUGGGUACACUCGUGGCUCGCGCCAGCGAGGCACAUGGAAAAGCCCGUCAGAAUGCACCUGUUGAAUGGCAUGUUGCCAACCCUAGCACCGAUGGUUUCCGGGGACUCGAGACGACGGCAGUUCAUAAGUUCCAACUCGGCGUGUGUCACAAGUUGUUUGAAGAACAUGCGAAGCUGGAGCCUGGCAUUGUUUCCACGGGUCCGGGUUGGUUUUGCCCUUACGUGUAUUCCACUCAUCGUCAACCUUUGGUGUCACGAAUCAAUGAGAUUUCCUUCGUUCAACUCCGCGGGCCAAUCAUCGCUGCUGACCAGAUCCUAGCCUUUCAACUCGUCGGCUUUUUCAAAUCCAUAUUCGGACGCCUCAUCUCUUUUGUAAAUUCGUCGCCCACAUUUCAACCUCCCAAGACCCCUUCAACGUCUCGUGCGCUUGUGUGCAUCGCCGGAAUAUCACCUUUCAGAGGCCUUUGGUCCCAAGGUCGAAGGCCCGACCAGUGCAAGAUGUGGUUCCACGUCAUGAAUGGAGUGCCUGGAAUAGCAAUUCCAGUGGUCGACUCAUCUCCACUCUUAGCUUGGCAUGGGAAGGACCUUGGCGAACUAGAGAUGAAAGACCUUGCUGAAGUCUUGGAGUACGUUUCGACGCUCUUGGACCCAGCAUACCAGAUCAAAUUUUCUACGUUGAACGCGGCGCUGGAGUGCAUGAUCGGAAAUGCAAUUGGGGGGAGGAAAGCAGCGAAGAAACUUAAUAGCGAUUUCGACCUUGAUCGUACUGGAAUCCUAGUGAUCAAAUAUGGUACAGCCGCAGUGACUGUUUGAUCGAUAUUUUAAGCUCAUCCUCGUAUCACUCGGUUUUCCGG